AUGCGUCCUGAAGAAUUCGAAAGGGACUCAUCAGAAAAGUUUUUUAUUGUGCUGGUGUCAAUGACCUCUGACCCUUUCACUGGCGUCCUGAAGUGGAUGCGAGUCUGGUGGAACAAUUCAAAUCCCAUCUUAAUCUGUUCAUACUACCUGGAUGUAGUGGAACACACCGGGCACAGUCCUGUUCUUACACAAAGUGAUAUGGGCAAUGAGAACGGUAACCUGGCUAGGGCGCAUAGCUUCUUGCACCAAUGGGCUGACAAGGACUUGGACAAUACCUUGCAGCACCGAUGGAUGGCAGAGAAGAAAAACAUUCCUUCAGAAAUCGUAUGGAGUGUGUUCCGCGCUCACUUUAGCUUUGGCUAUGAAGGAAUCUUUCAGUUUGGUGUUGAGCAAGGCUGGUAUGACCCGAAGGUGCCUCUGGAAGCAUUGAUAUUCCAUUUCCUUUUUAUCCCUUGGUUCCAACGAGAACUCAAUUUACCGAAUGGAGUCCCUUUACUCAUUGAACAAGCUCCUGAGCGAUUUGGGGCCCAGGAUUUCAAGGUUGCUUUCAUCCCAGAAUCUAUACAAGCUGCGAGGCAAAUUUAUGCCUCACCUGAUCACCCCAUGCUGCAGCUUGUCCCUAACUCGUUUAGGCAGUGGGCUGAAGUAUUUAUGGAGGAACUCGGCCAUCCAGAAGUAACCCGAGAGUGCAUCUGGAAUGUAUACCUUGCAUUGCUGGAUAAAUUUCACGAAUGCCAUAUUGUUGUUCUUGAUGAAUGGCAUGUCGCUUCUACGAGAGCAUACGAAGCAGAAGAAACCGACGAGAAUCAAGGAGGUCCAAAACAGGUGGUUGGGCAAGACCAAGCUACAAUACCUGAUAUUCCAGACUUGAACAGUGAUGACGAACUUGAUGAUGCCGAUGCGGAAGAUGUCGAAGCUGAUGAAGAAGAUGCUGAAAUUUCGGGCGAGGCACCCGUUAUAGAGAUGUCCAUCCGAGAAUUCUUACAGCAUAUGUAG